AUGAAUUGGCAAGCUGUCCACCUCCAUAAAGAGUGGAAGAGGUUCCAACAACAUUGUACUUUCACAUUUAAUGGUCCACUCGCAACUAAAACUGAAGCACAAAAAGUGAACUAUCUGAUGACUUACAUCGGAGACAAGGGGCGUGAAAUAUACAACACUUUCACUUGGAUACCCGAAGAUGAAAACACACCGGCAGAAAAUCAAACUCUAGAAGGUGUUUAUGCUAAAUAUGAAGCAUAUGUUGCUCCAAGAAAAAAACUAAUUCGCGCAACUGUUAACUUUAAUCGUCGAAAGCAGGAAGUUGGCGAAAAAUUUAAUAACUUUGUAACAGAUCUGCGUAUUCUUGUGAAAGACUGCGGCUAUGCAGAAGAAGAACGGAUGGUGCGUGAUGCUAUAGUUCUGCGCUCUGUACAUGAUACUGUAAGGAAAAAAUGUCUUGAAAAAGGAGAUACUCUGACAUUGGAAAUGGCAAUAAAUAUUGGCCAAAACCACGAAAUGUCACAGGAAAGUCUCAAAGCUAUCAAUGACGAAGAUCCCAAAGUUCAUACAGUACGUGAUAAGCGAUAUUCUAAAAAGAAGACAGAACAACAUGGAUCUAGGUCAAGACAUGGCACUAGUAAGUGGCACAAACAAACACCAUCACCUAAAGCCUGCACAAAGUGUGGCUACAGCAACAUACAUAAGGAAUGUCCGGCAAGAAAUAGCAAAUGCAAUUUUUGCCAUAAACGAGGACACUACGAAAAAGUGUGUAGAAAUAAACUAAAGACACACAUUGUUGAUGAAAUGUAUUCCACAGGUAGCUCAUCUGAGGAUUAUGAUUCUGAUUCAUUUUCUCAUGAAAUCAACAUAAUCUCAAAUGAAGAGGCUGAGAAAACUGACUGGUGGGAAGAAGUGAAAAUCAAUGGAAAGAAGGUCCUGUUCUAA